GGCAGGAUCCACCAGCUCUCACUCAGCAGAUUUCACCAGGAAGCCCCAGGAGUCCAGAAGAGGAGCUGCCACUUAGGACACUGUCUCCUUUGCAAAGGAUCUAUUAGCACACCAUAUAUUACAUGAACACAUACGAGUAUUUUCCCCUUCCCGGAAAGGAGGAGAGAAAGAGGAAAGAGACUGCGAUCUCCAGAGUGCUAGAGUGAUUUUUCAUGUAAUCAAUACUGUAAAAUAUCCCCAGGUCUUUCUGCUGGAUGGUAACUCAGAGGGCAGCUGAGCAGUUUGCAGCAUGUGUACUUCACCUGCGGGGAAGGCAGGCACUGGGCAGCAGCCCGUGGCGCGGUGAUAACCCUGCUCUGAUGCCAUUUCGGAUGUCCCAGUGAGAACUCUUAGAGAUGCCUAUUCUCUCCGGAGGCAGUGACCAAGACUAUAGUAACAUUAGCUACAAUUCUUGCAAUUCCUUGAGCCACCUCUUUCCUGUCUCCGUUGAAACCCCUUCUGUCAAAGGGGUCCAUUACCAAAGAGCCAGGAGGAUUUACCAUCCUGAUCAAGUCUCUGCAGUCGAUCUAAAAAGAGAGAUCAUGAUAAAUGUUGGAGGCAUCAAGUACCUGCUACCUUGGAGUACUUUAGAUGAAUUUCCCCUGACCAGACUGAGCAAACUUAAGUUUUGCAGCAGCUAUGAAGAAAUAAUUCAGCUGUGUGAUGAUUAUGAUGAAGACACCCACGAGUUCUUCUUUGACAGGAACCCCAAUGCUUUUGGGAUGAUUGUCAGCUUUCUAGCAGCGGGGAAGCUGAUGCUCUUAAGAGACAUGUGUGCCUUGUCUUUUCAGGAGGAGCUGAGAUACUGGGGGAUUGAGGAAUCCAACCUGGAGAACUGCUGCUUUCGAAAACUAUUUCAAAAACUCCAGGAGUUGGCCGAGGUACGCAAAGAAGAGGAACUUCGGAAGAGCAAAGAAGCUGCAUGUGUCUUGGAUGAGAAAACCAGAUUUGGACAGUUUAUGAACAGACUCAGAGAUAUGGUAGAAAAUCCCCAGUCAGGACUCCCAGGCAAAGUCUUUGCUUGUCUCUCCAUUCUCUUUGUGGCCACCACAGCUAUAAGCCUUUGUGUUAGCACAAUGCCAGACUUAAGAGCUGAAGAAGACAGGGGUGAGUGUUCCCAGAAGUGCUAUUACAUCUUCGUCAUAGAAACCAUCUGUGUGGCUUGGUUUUCCCUGGAGUUCUGCCUCCGAUUCAUUCAGGCAAGGAGCAAGUGUCAGUUCUUCAAAGGACCCCUAAAUAUCAUUGACUUCUUGGCUAUUUCACCCUAUUACAUUUCCCUCAUCUUCUCAGAGGAGGACUCAAACGAGGAGGACGACAGGCCAAGCAGCAACACUUACUUGGAGAAGGUUGGUUUGGUGCUACGGGUUUUACGUGCCUUGAGGAUCUUGUAUGUAAUGCGCCUUGCCCGACAUUCCUUGGGCUUGCAGACUUUGGGCCUCACAGUUCGGAGAUGCACACGGGAAUUUGGCCUCCUUUUACUCUUCUUAUGUGUGGCUGUCACUCUGUUUUCUCCUUUGGUCUAUCUCGCCGAGAAUGAAUCUGGGAAGGUGCUUGAAUUUACAAGCAUACCUGCUUCUUACUGGUGGGCUAUCAUUUCAAUGACCACUGUGGGCUACGGAGACAUGGUACCACGGAGCGUCCCAGGCCAGAUGGUGGCUCUGAGCAGCAUCCUCAGCGGGAUUCUCAUCAUGUCUUUUCCUGCAACAUCAAUAUUCCACACUUUCUCCCAUUCCUACUCAGAGUUGAGAAAGGAGCAUGAACGAUUGCAGUCUCGGCUAAACAGAGUUAAAAAUGCCAAUCACUCUGGUGAAAGCGACACCUUCAAUGAAACAGACAGCUUGAUCCUGGAGAAUCAAGCAUCACCAAUCAAAUACAUUUACACAGGGAACUAAACCUGGCUGUAAAACGUUCUCAAGAACCAGAAUAGAAAUAUACACAUAUGU